CCACCUCGUGUCCCCCCUCCCGAGAGAGGGUCCUGCUGAACCACAAGCUGUCCUCGUACAGGGACUACCUACAAAGUCGCUACAGAGCACGAGUAUCCACAUCAGCCACACAAUGGCCUCCUGUUCCAACAAACAAAGUCUUCAAACUGGCCAUGAUUCAGAAGGAGAAAAUACAGAGAGGAAUCGACGAUGAAUUUGUUAGGCUAUCAAUCACAGGAAAAAUUGACGAUAUUUUACUUCAAAAAACUCCAGUUAACUUGACUAACAUUUUCUCUGAGAUUGGAAAUAGACGAAACUUUGUGUUGAUUGAAGGAGCUCCCGGCUCUGGCAAGAGCACCCUUGCUCUACACAUCUGUCAGGAGUGGGCAGAGGGAAAACUGUUCCAAGAAUUCGAUAUUGCAAUCCUCGUGAAACUGAGAGAUCCCCUCGUUAGAAAAGCUAUUACAAUUUCUGACUUACUUCCCUGCACAAACAAAGCGAUGGCUAAUGAAACAGAAACUGCAAUUAUGUCACUGUACGGCAAAGGUGUACUGUGGGUGCUGGACGGAUGGGACGAACUUCCUUCUGACCUCCCUAGAGACUCAAUCAUCAACAAACUAAUUCGACCAGACAUGUCACGAGAAAGUCCGCUACACGAAUCAGCUGUAAUUGUAACAUCUCGCCCGUCGUCUUCAGCUAAGCUCCACCCACGUGUAUCGUCCAGGGUGGAGGUGUUGGGGUUCACUCCACAUGAACUAGAACAGUAUUUCAAGGAGUGUCUGAAAGGUGACUCACAAGCUGUGCAGACUCUACUGGAGAGAAUUCGAGAGAACCCAGUGGUAGAAGGUAGCUGCUACCUCCCCCUCAAUGCUUCCAUUGUCGUUAAUUGCUUUCUUUCUGAUAACCACUCACUCCCCACAUCCAACCACGGGAUAUUCAUAUCAGUUGUCCAAAGCUCUCUCAAGAGAUACCUCCAGGAGAAGUUGGGGAAGACCACUCCAGUGGGAGACAUCACAUCCCCAGACUCACUGCCCUCGGAAAUCAGAACAGAGACCGUACAAAUGUGUCAACUUGCAUAUCAUGGGAUCGAAAAAAACAAAGCAACAUUUACUGACAAUGAUUUGGCCGCUCUUCGCAUUACGAAGGAAAUUUCAAACGUUGGACUAUUACAAACUGUUCCCAGUAUCAUUAGCGAUGGUCAUCUGGUUUACUACUGCUUUCUCCACCUGUCUAUUCAAGAGCUACUAGCAGCAAUCCACAUCUCUCUCAUGUCUCCCAAACAACAAAUCUCUGUAUUCCAGAAGCUCUUUGGGAAUCCUCGAUUCAGUGCAGUCUUCCAGUUUUAUGCUGGUAUCACCAAACUGAGUACAAGUAGACCAAUCCUCAGCAAGCUACCUCGAUUCUUGUGUCCAGUUCCAGCCACUGUUUUUGAUCUGGUCAGAAAGGUUGUCAAAACUGAGAAAGAGAAGAAGUAUUUUGAGCCGAAGAUCCUGUUGUUGUCCCUCAUCAAUUGUUUGUACGAAGCUGAAGACUCGCGACUGUGUGUGUUUGUGGCCAAUCUUCUUAAUCACAAUCUAGAUCUUGAUCGCACUACAAUGAAUCCUAUUGACUGCCUCUCUGUUGGAUAUUUUGCAUCAGUUUGUUCCAAUAGCAGUAAUGGAUUCACACUUAGCCUCAGCAAUUGCUCUAUUGGUGACCAAGGCUGCAAAUUUCUGGUCCGAGGACUCUCCAAGUGUCCCAACUCUAAUAAUGAUAUUCCUACAGAAGGGAUACACAUCGCUGAGAUUAUCGAGAACACUAGUUCAAUAUCUAAAUUGGAUUUGUCUAAUAAUGUCAUUUGCAACAGUGGACUUAGCACACUCUGUGAGGCCUUGUCCACUAACAUAUCAUUAAAGAGCCUGAACCUGGCCAAAUGCUCACUAACAAUAUCAGACGACAAUGGAGCUGCCCUCUAUCAACUUCUGGACACAAACAAUUCCCUCAAAUAUCUUGAUUUGUCUGAUAACACAGUGACUAGCUGUCGUCACAUUGCUGCUGGACUUGCAGUCAAUAAGACUCUGAGAAGAUUGGACUUGAAUAACUGUAAACUGACUGAUCAGAGUAUCGAGGAACUAUCAACUGGACUGAUCAACAAGAUUCAAGCACUGUACAUUAGGCGUAAUGCCUCAAUAACAGAAGAUGGAAUGAAGACGCUUGCCAGACAUCUAACCACCCACUGCUCUGAACUGACACGAUUGUCGAUACCCCUCCGCCUAAGAUCCUGUAUCGAGACAGUAUUCAGGGACGCUAACGAAGAGAGGAAGAGAAAUGGACUACCCGAGAUUUAUGUGCGUAUUAAUGUGUUUGAUGAAUGGACUAUGAAUGACUAAUGACCCGAGAUAUCGAUUGAUGUGUGGUAAUUGUUGUUUACCCAAGAUUAAUUAUGUUUAUUAAUUGAUUGAUUAUUAAUUGUGUAUCCAUUAGAUUAUUAAUUUAUAAUUAAUUGAUUAUUAUUAAUAAUUAAUGUUUAGUUAUAAUUAUAUUAUGAUUAUUGUUGUUAUUAAUUAA